UCCAAAGGUGCAGCUUGGCAGUCCAAUCCCUAGAGGGGUCCUGAGGAGGGCCGCGUGGGUUGCUUUUGCAUGCCACACCAGUGAUGUGCCCCUAGUAUGACGCUUCCGGGUAGGCUUCUUGUUUGGCGAGUGACGUCAUCGCAUUGCCUGCUCGCACACACACAGUGACUGCUGCGGGUUGGGCUUCCUCUUUCAGGCACCCUCCGGGGGUGUGUGUGUGUCCGGAGCCAGCCCCGAGCACCUCCAACUGGAGGCGACACAGCGCCGGUGGCAGCGCGUACCACACCGGCACAGAGCAUGAGGAAGAAGUUCCGGUCCACCAGUGGAUAGUAAUCCGCGCAGUUGGAAAGCCAGGCACCCUGAGAGGCAGUAGCCUGGAGAAGCGGAUGAUCUGAGCGCUCAGAACGUGAGUAACACAAGUUAUGAAGCGGAAUAGCGCUGCGGUUGGAGUGUCCAGGUGUCUAGGUUCCCGUGUGCUGCCAAUGAAUGGAGUUACCUUGGAUAACACAAAUGUACAUACCGAUAUACGGCGAUUAUUGUGUACAAUAACUCCCUGCUCAGGCACAGCCGACACUGCUUGGUAUAAUGCCAGCUCCUGAGCAGACACCUUUAAUAGAGGAGGGGAUGCAGAAAAUCACUAAUGAAGCGCCCACUAGUUCCAAUAUGGAGCCUGAAACUACUGCAACAAACAUUUUGGCAUCCGUAAAAGAACAGGAGCUGCAGUUUGAACGACUCACCAGAGAGCUUGAGGUGGAAAGACAAAUUGUCGCCAAUCAACUAGAAAGAUGCAGAAUCGGAGCAGAGUCACCAAGCAUUGCCAGCGUAAGUUCUACUGAGAAGUCAUUUCCCUGGAGAUCAGCAGAUGUAACCACAGGCAUUACUACCAAACAAAGAACAUCUGACUCUACACCACCCAAUAACUUCCUUAGUCGAGCAGAUCCAGAACCCAUUACCAUGUAUUCUCCUGAACAGACAUCUCUUCAUGAAAGUGAGGGAUCCUUAGGUAAUUCUAGAAGCUCAACACAAAUGAACUCUUACUCUGAUAGUGGAUACCAAGAAACAAGUAGUUUUAAUAACCAAAAUUUGGGAAAGACUGAAAUUAGACAUCCGCAUUCAUUUUUAGGAACCACUAAUAAUCAUGGGCUAAGGAAUUCAAGAGCAGAAGGUCAGACCUUUGUUCAGCAAACAAAUAAUAUGGCAUCCAGCCGAGCAGUUAGGCGUGUGAGCUCUGUUCCUUCAAGAUCACAAUCACCCUCUUAUGUAAUUGGCUCUGGAGUUUCUCCAUCUAGAGGGUCAUUGAGAACUUCUCAUGGAAGUGCAUAUGGCUCUCCAUCGGUAACAGAUCCAAGGCCACUUCCUACUUCAAACAUAUAUUCUUCUACUACAUUGCCUUCUCAGAGAGCUGCUUCCCCAUACACUGUGCGCAGAUCAAACUCACCAACAACUGUGAGAAGAUUUGGUUCAAUUACUUCCAGGCAAAAUUCAAAUCCAAAUAGUAUGACUUCAUCUUAUCAGACCCUAGGGACAUCUGUGCGAGUUGGUUCACCUCUGACCUUAUCUGAUGCACAAGCAAGAAGUGGUACUUCAUCCCAAGCUCCAGUGGGAACCUCCUCCUCUCCAAAGCGGGCUGGAAUGACCGCAGUUCCACAGCACCUGGGGACUUUACAAAGGAACUUGCAUGAUAUUGACAUUGGUCAGCAACAGUAUGACAUUUAUGAACGAAUGGUUCCACCACGACCUGACAGCCUUACAGGUUUACGUAGCUCAUACGCAAGUCAGCAUAGUCAAAUUGGCCAAGACCUGCGUUCAGCAGUCUCUCCAGACCUGCAAAUCACUCCAAUAUAUGAAGGUAGAACAUAUUAUAGUCCAGUCUAUCGCAACCCAAGCCAUGGAACCAUUGAAUUGCGGCAAGGAUCACAGACUGCAAUAUAUCGCACUGGCUCAGGAUCUGGUAAUUUACAAAGGACUUCGAGUCAACGUAGCACACUUACAUACCAAAGAAAUAACUAUGCUCUCAAUACUGCAGCUACCUAUGCAGAGCCAUACAGAUCAAUGCAGUAUCGUUUGUCAGAGGCUGGAUACAACCGGAUGCCACAUACAACACCAGCGGAGGAUGGCACAACUCGAUCGCCCUCUAUUGACAGCAUCCAGAAGGACCCUAGAGAGUUUGCUUGGCGUGACCCUGAAUUGCCGGAGGUCAUUCAUAUGCUUCAGCAUCACUUCCCCUCAGUUCAGGCAAAUGCAGCAGCUUAUUUACAGCAUCUCUGCUUUGGAGAUCAUAAAAUCAAAAUCGAGGUGUGUAGGUUGGGAGGUAUAAAGCAUCUGGUUGACCUUUUGGAUAACAAGGUCUUAGAAGUUCAGAAGAAUGCUUGCGGAGCUUUGAGGAACUUAGUCUAUGGUAAAUCUACUGAUGAAAAUAAAAUUGCUGUGAAGAAUGCAGGUGGCAUUCCAGCCUUGUUGAGACUACUGAGAAAAACAAAUGACCAAGAAAUACGGGAGCUUGUAACUGGUGUCCUGUGGAAUUUAUCAUCCUGUGACGCUGUGAAGAUGACAAUUAUUCGCGAUGCUUUAUCUCCUCUCACUAACACUGUGAUAGUCCCGCAUUCCGGGCUGAACAAUUCAUCUUUUGAUGACGAUCACAAAAUGAAGUUUCAGUCCUCAUCAGUUUUGCGUAAUACCACUGGUUGCAUGAGAAAUCUAAGCUCUGCAGGAGAAGAGGCACGUAAACAGAUGAGAUAUUGUGAAGGUCUGGUUGACUCUCUGCUGUUUGUAAUUCAAACCUGUGUGAACACUUCAGAUUUUGACAGCAAGACAGUGGAGAAUUGUGUGUGCACUCUAAGGAACUUGUCAUAUCGUCUGGAGUUGGAAGUGCCUCAGGCUCGGAUGCUUGGAAUAAAUGAAAUAGAUGAUUUCUGCAAGGAGUCUCCUAGCAAAGAUUCAGACUCCAGUUGUUGGGGGAAAAAAAAGAAAAAGAAAAAGAGACCACCGCAAGAAGAGCUAUGGGAUGGUGUUGGUCCGAUUCCCGGACUUUCUCAGUCUCCCAAAGGGGUGGAGAUGCUGUGGCACCCCUCUGUAGUUAAGCCAUAUCUGACUCUACUAGCUGAAAGCUCUAACCCUGCUACACUGGAGGGUUCGGCUGGGUCUCUCCAGAAUCUCUCUGCUGGGAACUGGAAGUUUGCAGCUUAUAUUAGAGCUGCGGUGAGGAAGGAGAAAGGGCUUCCCAUCUUAGUGGAGCUUCUGAGGAUGGAUAAUGACAGAGUUGUUUCUUCUAUUGCAACAGCGUUAAGAAAUAUGGCAUUAGAUGUCCGUAACAAAGAGCUUAUUGGUAAAUAUGCUAUGAGAGACCUGGUUAACCGACUUCCUGGAGGUAAUGGUCCUAGCAUUUUGUCGGAUGACACUGUGGCAGCGAUUUGUUGUGCUUUGCAUGAGGUCACAAGCAAAAACAUGGAAAAUGCAAAAGCUCUGGCAGACACAGGAGGGAUUGAGAAGCUAGUAAACAUAACUAAGGGAAAAGGGGACAGAUCAUCUUUGAAAGUUGUAAAAGCUGCAGCCCAAGUUUUGAACACACUGUGGCAGUACAGAGACCUCCGAAGCAUCUACAAAAAGGAUGGGUGGAAUCAGUCUCAUUUUAUUACCCCAGUUUCAACAUUAGAGCGUGAUAGAUUCAAAUCACAUCCUUCCUUAUCAACCACCAAUCAGCAGAUGUCGCCUAUGAUCCAGUCAGUGGGCAGUACAUCAUCCUCACCAGCACUGUUAGGAAUAAGGGAUCCACACUCUGGUUAUGAAAGAACACAAUCCUCUAUGCAAUAUUACAAUAGCCAAGUAGACAGCAUGACCCAUAAAGAUGUGUAUACUGGGUCAAGCAAACCUUCUCCAAUCUACAUUAGUUCAUAUGCAUCACCAGCAAGAGACCAGAACAGGAGACAGCAGCCUCAACAACUGUACUAUGCUCAUGAAGACUCAAAUAGGAAAAACUACGAUUCCUACAGAUUGUAUCUGCAGUCUCCACACAGCUACGAAGACCCAUAUUUUGAUGGUGUUCAUUACACACCUGCUGCAGAACAAAACACACAAUAUGGACUGAAAUCAACUACAAACUAUGUAGAUUUUUAUUCCACUAGAAGACCUUCCUAUAGAUCAGAACAAUACCCAGGUUCACCGGACUCAUGGGUGUAAAACUAAGAAGGUGUAUAGAUGAACUGCGGUCUAGUAAUCAUGCUUGAUCUGAUUUUGACUGGCCUUAUUUGCUGUUUUUUAUGGUGGAACCUGAAAGUGAAAUUAAAGAAGGAUCAUGGAAGAGAUUUAUUUUCUUAUUUUUGGAAGGAUAAUUAUGGUAGAGAAUUGAACUAAGGAUUUCUUUUUGUUUUGUUUAGAUUUUAGAUCUUUAUGCUUGUAGCUAUGUAGGCUGGUGAUGGUGCGAGCUAUGUGAAAAUAAAGGAUUCAGACUGAUGAUUUGGGGGAUGUGUAAGUCCAAUCAAAGUUUUAGCUAUUUUUUUAAUGUGAAUAAAGUCAUGUUAACGAGUUUGUACAGAAAUAUGGAUCAAAUGAAUGUUUUCUUUGUUUGACGGUUAUUGCUAAAUGUUGAGAUUGUAUGUUAUUUCUGUCUUGUAAAUUCCUUUCACUAAUGUAAAUAGCCGUAAUGGUUGAAAGUGCCAUCUAUUGUAAUGCAGUGUCAUUUUAAAUCAUUUGAUAAGCAGUUACAUGAAAUAUAUAAGUGCUAAAUAAUGAUAAACUUAAAAAAAAUUCUAAAAUCAUUUCAAAAUACAUCCUUAAUCUACAUUUUUCCAUUCCCUGCCUUUCAUAGGAUAUUUCACUGCCAUUUUCUAUGCACAUGACAAUUCAAAUAAAUGUGGACGAUUCCUCCACAAAAGAAAAAAGCUAGUUGUUUUAUGUUUGUCUGCCUUUCUUUCAUUCUGUACAUCAUGCUAUGUUGUGCGUCUGUUUAGCCUAUGUACAAUAAGGCAAAAAGAUGCUGUGGCAGGAUUGUAUUGGAGAAUAAAGGACAAAGUGAAUAAAGAUCAAAAUAAAUUUGAGAUGUAGAGAA